AUGAGUUCUAUCUGCCCAAAAAAAUUUUCAGACUUGCCAGUUGAAUGCGUUCACAAGAUUAUAAACAGCGCCGAAGAUAAGAAAAAAGUUCUUUACAAAUUUUUGUUUGUCGACAAGUGGUUACAUGAAAUCGCUAUAUCAUUAUUAUGGAAGGACCCUGCUAUGUGCGAAUCCAUAAUAAAAAAAUAUCUUAACGAGCUGAACGAAGACGAACAAAAAGUACUUGUACCCCAGAAGUUUGAUUUUCCUCUUACCCAAUCGUAUUCAAGAUGUGCACCAUAUUUG